AUGGGUCUUGGCAAGUGUAUUAGUGAGCUCGUUUUGAUCGCCAUUAACUGCAUCCUAGCGCUAGGAGGAGCUCUGGUGCUAUACCUUGGGAUCUACUUACGACAAACGGGCUGGAUCGAGGUGAUUCAAGGCUAUUGGUCUCCAGUUGAUGGCAUUGUCACAGCACUUAUCGUCAUUGGCAGUGUCAUUAUCGGCUUAGCCGUGCUAGGCUCCAUCGCUGCAUUCUGUCGCUGGCAUUUGGGAUUGUGUAUUUACGCGGCUGUCGUGCUUCUCGUAUUCAUAUUGUUCUUAGUAGUAGCAGUGGCUGCUUUUCUAUUGAGAAAUGAAGCCAGUGACUGGGAAGACUUGACUUAUCCAGCCAGCAGCGACGAGGAAUCUGUGAAAGAAAAGUUCGAUCAAGCAUACUGCUAUGCUCAAGGCGCGUACAUAUGCAAUCAGGCAUCAGUCUCGGAUGCACUAGCAAUGUUUGCUCCGACAUUGGACGCGUCCAUUGCGUCGUUAUUUCAGAACAUAACUGGCGGUGUUAACGUCCUAUGCGACGACUACUUGAAAGACUACGAUGGGAUCUCGGGUGUGUGCGAUGGAUGCGAGCAAGCACGACAAUUUAAGAGUUUUUCGUCAGUGGUUGACUGGGCUAACGACAAAUGUCCAAGAACUGCAGGCACGUUGGUUUUCUGCGGCGUUUUCCUUAGCACCGGGAAUAGCAACAGCUCGUCCGGGACGGCUCCCUAUUCAGAAUGCCGCACGGAGUUCUUAAAUCUCGUGGAAAAGUACGCAUUGUGGGUUGGUGUCUCUAGCUUAAUCGUUUGCGCUGGUGCGCUCAUGGUGAUCACGUUUUCUUGUCUCUUGCGGCUUCGCAGUCGGCGCCACUCGGCACAUGAACGUUUCUAG